UGCUUGCCGGCGGUGUUUAGAGAGACGACCGGAGAUUCGGUUCCAAGGCACAGCAUUCACGAAACAUUAAUACACUCGUCUGCUCCCAAACGGAUUGCUCUUGGUAUCACUCUACAACACUACAACACAAAGCACACUAUCAGACAACGCUUUGAUCUACCAGCUUUCGAAGAACCAUCCACGCCAUCAUAGUACUUCGGCACUCGAUAACCUAGCUCUACUCCGAACAACUCUAUUGGCUUCGGGGUGACUCAGGCAGAACGAUUUCGCCAUUCCAGACCAGACUCACAACUACUUUGAGUCACUUGAUCAAUCUAACAAAAUGACUUCCCGACUACGACUUCAAUCUUCUUUCGAACCAUUCCAGGCCACCGCAGUUGUCCAGACAUCACCCACACUGCCACCAGCCAAGAAGCAAAAGAUGUCUCUCACACAAACAUACUACGUCGCCUCCACUGCGAGGACGAAGCUUGGACGUGAAGCAGGCCGUGCAGACCACGACUUGCGAUUGCUCGUCGGACACGCCAACCUUUUGGAUUCUCUCAUGGUCGAGCUCGCCGACGCUGAGCGCGAACAAGAAGCGUGGUUCAACCAAUCUGUCAAGAAGGCUUCCAAGUCCGAAGAGCCACGACACGUGCAAUGGAUCGACACUAUCGCAGAGGAUGACGAGGACGACUCUGAUCUCGAAUCCGACGACGGAUCAGACAUUUACGACGAGGACGAGGAGAUGUUCAACAUCCCACUCAGGAAGAUCCGAUCACCACCAGUUGAGAUCUCAUCACACGAGGUUGAUGAGGAUAUGGAAUCCGAUGACGAUGAGUACGAGGAGGAGCUCGCUCUCAGCCGAGUGCCGUCAAACCGCCACUCUCCUCCAGAACUCACUCUCGACUCCGACUCGGACUCCGAAGACGACAUGCCAUCCUCACCUGAGCAAUCACUCUUCGAGCUCAGCGAAAAGGAACGACAACAAAUAGCGACGACAGCCUUCUACGACUCCAAACCAUCAGGAGCUCUAUUGGCACAACAACAUCAACAACCGAUGAUCGCGGCGUGCUAAAUUGGUUCUUCUGUCACAUUUUUGGGUUGUCGUCGAGCGUUUCAGCGAGCGAUAUGAUUUUCAGCAUGGAGUUUCAACGGGUAACGGUACCACAAAGAGAUACCAUGGGCGGGCAUUAUUUGAUGUAUGAUUAUUAUUUGCAUGGCAGUUCUCCCUGUUAAGGUUGAGAGAACGCCUCAGCGGCGGGAUGAGGUUGAUGGGGAAAGAUCUUUACUCGAAACAAAUCGAAUCUCAAUGUCACACACACACCACACUCUACUGUCUCUCUCAUCUUCUCUCGUCUUCCUCAUCUCCACAUCGUAUCAAGCUUGCGAAAUCGAUAAGGAAAGAAGAAAAAGUUUCUUCGCCCUUGUCGGCGAUACCGUACCAAUACU